GCGGGCCUUUCUUUGUGCAGGGAUGACAUGCGCCACGAUCUUCGACACUCGCGCGUCCGCCGACGAGCACGUCAGCAACAUCACGCUACAUCACACACACGGCUUGUGGUGUGACUGGAUGCCCCACGAGGACGGAGCACUGCACCACCACACGACAGGACAAGCCGCAAGACUCCAGCACGAGGCAGUAAGGUCGCGCGAACCACAACAACAUGAAGAUGUCAGUAUUUCGCCCAUAUAAAACCAACAUUCCGUUGCUUCUAUCGAUUGCGAGGAUGUCGAGGUGGUUUGAUUGAAGCGAGGAGAUUCCUAUACUUCCUGCAAUCCUCAAGGAACGACAAACGCGCUUGUCCCCGGCACUUCGGACAGUGAGCACGUGACGGCAGUGAGGCCACCUCGCAACGCGCUGCGGACUUGCAAUCGCGUCGUAUUCGAGACGACAUGGGAAUGUUGGUGGCUUGGUUCGAAUUAUGGCCAAUCAAAUUGGAGCAUUAGGUUGCGAAAAUUGAAUCCUCCGCGGCAACGCGCGAUCGAAUGUCCUCUGGAAGCGACGAGUUUGACGACCACUACACAACUUCCCGGAGGGCAAAGAGGGCCCCGCUGACGAAAGCUACGGCAGACUCGACGCCUUCGGCUAUCCCAGCGCCGAACGACAAACGGUCGUCGAACAAGGCCAAGUCACCGAAACGAUCGAAACAGGAAGCUGAUAGUGGAGUCACAUGGGUUCGUGAUGACGAGGCUCAUGCUUGCUACGUUUGCGACGUUACGUUCUCUCUCAUCAAGCGCCGACAUCACUGUCGGAGGUGCGGGAAUGUGAUUUGCUCGGGGUGCUCCCAUUUUGCCCCAGCAACAAACCCGUCCAAGCCGAUGCGUGUGUGCACGACAUGCAAUAAUGCUCUGUCCAUUCGAAGUGGUGUGACUGCCUCAACUCCCGCUUCCCAGCCCAUCACAGGUGCCAUGUCAUCAUCGAAAUCAUCGAAGAAGUCGAAACCAUCAUCUGCGAUGGCAGUGUCGCCUCCAUCACAUGCCGCACCGGCACAUCGUUUGAACGAUCACAUUGAUAGCUGGUUCAUGGACGACGACAAGGGAUCACCGCCGACAUCUUCCAUGGGAAUGCCUCGCCCGGCUUCAAAGGUCCCUGCACCCAACCCGUCGGGCUGGGCCAGUGUUGGGCCACGUAAUGGCAACAGGAAAGCCAACGUAGCAUCUGCACCCAAGACACAGCGGCUUGCGGACCUCGUAUUUGACGACAUGCUACUGGUCGGGUCGGACGAAGACUUGUCGCCGUUUUCGAAACCUGCGGCCAGACCCUCCACCAACCCUCGCGCAUUCCAUUCCACUGUCUUCACCAACUCGGCGCACGUCGACCAGCACCUGCGAAUGUACAACAACGAAAUUGACAUGUCGGACGAAUUCGAGGCCGAGGCGGCGCCUUUAAGCCGUCCCUCCCACCGACCACCAUUUCCGACGACGUAUGCGAUCACAGACGUCGAAGGUAGCCGCCUGAGCGAUGCCUUCUUGACCAGCGACUUCAAUCGAUCAUCUGUGGUGGUAAACGCUGUGAAUACACCCCACAUGGCUUCGAACGAGAGUUCGGUGAGUUAUGCUGGCUCGUCCGAGUUUGCCAGUGUGCCAGCCCAAGUCUCCCCCGCUGCAGCGCAAGAACGACAGAGUGGUGGCGGGUUUGCAGCCACGAUUCGACGAAUUUUCGGGGGUAAAGGUCUCCAUUCACCGCCAAAACAACCUGCCACGACGAGAAACGCUACGAUUUCUCCUGACCAACCAUCUAUUGAACCCGUCGCAACGGCAGGACCACCGCGUGAUGUAUCCAGCGCGUCGUCAUCAAACGCAUGGGCCAAUGCGCGCCCGUUGUCGACCUGUGCGCCGCGCCCUUUCACCCAUGCAUCAAUUCCAUCGUCCACGACCAUACCUCGCUUGGACCCGACUCUACCUCAUUUCGAUCGGUUCAAACAUAACGACGGGGCGAUGGGUGGAUCUGACUAUGAUGCACGGGAUGAGUUGUUCGAGCCAGCGGCGCGGACCGCCUUGUGGAUUCGUGGCGGCACCGAUGAGUGUCGCAAUACGUCUGAAAAUCACGCCCAACCUACCGACCGGUUUAACCACCUCCCACGAGAUAUGAUCCAGACGACCACGGCCCCCUCGCGUCGCGAUACUUUCGACGACGUUUUUGAAGGCCCGCGCGAAGUUGUCAAAACGGCGGCGCAGCAACCCCAGCAGCAUUCCCAAGCCGCAAAUUCGACACUGACAAGCUCAAACAUCGUCGACUCCACGACAAAAACUCGCCGGGACACGUUCGACGACCUGUUGGCAUCGCCGCCUUCGAGUGGUAAACCAGGUUCGGCCGAUCCAAUGCGGCAGGCAGGAUGGGCCAACCCGUACGGCAAUUUCGGAUCGUCAAGACCAGGACAGCUGCUAGUCGAUCGUUUUUCCACCCAGCCUGUGUCAACCGGUGUGAAAUCGGGAUGGAGUCAACUGGCGCAGACUUCCGCCCCCACGAAUUCCCGCCCAUCGGACGGAGACAUCUUUGGCGCGACCGUGUCGUCGAAAGAGUACGAGUACGACCCGGUCACUGGGACGUACGUGGUUGCCCUGGGCCGUUCGUUGGGCGCCUUUGCGUCCAUCCCGUCGGGUGCUGUCUCUAGUGCGCCGAGGGAACAUGGCGGCGGAGGUGUCGACAGCCAAUCGCUUAUAGUCGAUAAAUUGACGAGUUUGGAAUCCGAGCUGGCGGAGCUCAAACUGCUACUGCGUGAGCGACGGGCGAGGUCGCCGCGCCAUAGCACGGCUGCGAGCAUCUUCGACGAUGACGACAAGGUUCCGAACGAGCGAAUGCGACGCCCACAUAAACAGCCAUCGCGGGCAGCCGGUCGCAAUGCCGUACAACGAAAGGACUCGUUUGCCGAUCUCUUCGAGUCGGAAGCGGCCAAGUUGGACAGCUUGUACGGCAACGAUGCAGACGACAUGCCGACUGAAGACGAAAGGCCCAACGAAGAGCAGGAACCAUCGGGCGGCCGACGCAAAACAAGGAAAUCGGCCCGUCAUCGCGUUGAAGGGGAUCACCCGUUGCCCAAGGCACACAUGGACAAACUGUUUGCGUCGGAUGAGGAGCGCCAAAAGGUAGUACAUGGCCAGAGGACAUCACGCCUUGCUGCCGCGAAAUCCUCGAAAAAAACAGCGAAAACGAACAGCGACAACAUCGACGCGUUGUUCCAAGACACGGCCAAGCUAGACAACUUGUACGGAGGAAGCGAGAUCGAAGGCAGCGACAUGGAAGGUGACAACACUCGCUCGGAAACCAAGCGCAAGUUGGCGAAGGUGCCUGACGGCGAUGCUGCCUUGAUGGCACCAGGCAUGUCCGAACAAGGUCAGACGAGUCCUCGUCCUCGCCAUGUCGUCAACAUGGACGAUCCAUUUGCGUCGGACCAUGAGGACAUCGACCAUGAGGAUGCGUUGCCGAGUUUGAAAACGGUCGUGCAGCGUCGCAAGUUCGUGUCGGCCAGUGCGCACGUGUCCGGGAGAGAGGACUGUGAGGUCGGACCCGAUGGCGUCGAGACUGAACCAACGGCCACCAAUGUCAGCAUGUCAAAACGCCGUUCGCGGCAUGCAUCUGGCAUGUCAAAGGCGAACACGUCGAAAGCCGUCGACGUCAUCGACGCCCUCUUUGAAGAUGAGUCCAUGGACUUACUGCGACCACCGAGAACCUCAUCCAAUGCAGAACCCCUGACCCGCCUGGCUGGCCACAAUUCACCCAAGUUUGACAACCUGUUCGAGUCUGGUGGUGUGUUGAGGGCCGAAGAGUGCGAAGUUGAUCAGAGCGAUUCACGCGACAAGGGUGCUGUGCCCUUUGACACAAAAAGUCAACGGACCGCUGAGGUGGUGAAAGCGCAGCCGCAGAUCGAUGCGGGACAUGGCAGUGAACCCGACGAGUCGAUGGCAGCUACAAGUGCAAGUGCCUCCUUCCCUCAGUCCCAACGAACCGCAUCGUCGACGGAAGGCGACAUGUUGUCAGGCCCUGAACCUCCACAGUCAUCGCAUUUCGCACGCGUCUCUUCCGCCGAUGAUGAGUUGCCCAGUCUGAAGCAUCGUACAAGCAGUCCGGUCGAUUCUGUAUUGCCAUCACGGUGGAAGGCACCGACUGCAGACAUGAAUGGGUUCAGCCUGUGUCGGCCCCCAACCACUCCUUCGGGGGACGUCGAAGGAGAUAUUGGCGACGGACCUUCACAUGGCGUUCACGAUGAUGCACCGAAAGUGACUCAGGAGCAAGCUGUCCUCAGCAUGACACCUGCCAUGCCAGUCGACGGCUUUGAAAUGGAUUUGUUCGGAACGGGCAGCGCGGCUCCCACGUCGGCUUUUGAACCCAUCCGUGUCAACAACCCACCCGCAGUCGUCAACGAAAAGUUGUUCUCGGAGGACGAGUUUGGACCAUCGACCCAAGACGCUGCGGCCACCACUUCUGCAACCGUCCAGGAUCCAGUCGACGCUCUGUCAAGAGAACUAUCAAAUGGUCAAGGUUUGUUGAGGAAAGAGCUGUUCGAGGUACCAACCCCUUCGGCGGUGCUCCACCAGGAGACACCUCCAGAAAUUUUGACACUCGCAGCGACCUCUCCUUCCCUCUUGGCAACUCCAGGCCAAGCGCAUGUGCUAGACAAGAUUGCAGACGCAAUCGAAAGUCGAGCAACGACGGUGCCUGCCGCCAACCUGGAUCAGCUGUACAACACUGAGGCAGACGUUGAGAUCGGCGACGACGUGGUCGACCUGAACUUGGUUGAUGCAGCCGAUGAAGACGAUCUGUUUGCAUUCAAACCAAGCAAACGCCGCAACAACAAGGCAGCCCCAUCUCCAGUGGCAAAACAGCGCCAGAAGGCUCCAGUAGAAGGCACGAUCAAGUUGGGCCAACCUUCCGUCGCCUCGAUCGUGCCCGAGAUGAUUACAUCGGCAGGCCCACUGGAACCGGUAGGAAACGAUGCUACAUGGCUCGCCCUGCAAGAAGAAGAGAAACAACGCAAGCAAAACGCUCUGCGGCGCCAGCGGCAAUUGCAGAAGCAAAAGGCUACGUCCAAGGGGGCGAAGAAAUCAUCCAAGAAGAAGCCCGAUGCACAACCAUAGUAAUGUCAUAAAUAGAAGCACUUGUCCUCUUCACAGCGCCAGUCGCGUGGUGCGUGGUAAUGGUAGUCGAUGGCACGUUUCGAGCCACAUGGUGUGCACUAUCUUGGCCAUGGUGUCGACUGUGGGGCGGUUGUGGGGCUCGGGAGCCCACCCACGUCGCAGCAGGUCGGCUAGUCCUGGCGCCAAGUUGUCUGGAAGUGGCGGCCGUUGGCCUUGAAUGAUUUCCGUGUACACAUCGAAAUGCGACCGCCCCGACCACGGCGCAAUACCUGGCACGAGGAUGUGCCACAAUGUGACCGUAAGACUGUACACGUCGGCGGGGGUGCCGUACACGGCCGACUUGGAUUUCCCGCCCAAGAUCAUUUCGGGCGCCUACGGUCGAGCGCGUUUCCAUCUCGUCGUCG